UACACUUUUGCCCAUCCGUGGCCCUCGCCAUCAUCGAGAGCACUGGGACCGGCUUUAUCCUCCGACAGCCCUGGAGAAGCUUUGGGAGAGACGAGUGUAUCCACGAGCGCGUGUGUGCGUGAGGAGGAGAGCAAAGACGUGAUUACUUCAGAAUUUAUUUAAGGGCCGGUGGAAACCACUGCAGCAGCAUCCAGGGGAAGCCCUUGUUCCAGAGGAAGAGGAGGUGGAGGCUGCCAAGGAGGAGGAGGGGAGGAGACACAGAAGGAGUAGCAGCCGCUUGCAUGAGGAAAGGAUGCUAUAGCAUCCUCACCCGUUCUCAGCAGGGAAAUGGUCCAAGACUGCUGGGUGUGAGCCUCACCUCUCCUCCAGCCGAGGACUGCGGUUGUCAGUGAUCCAUUGAAGAAACAGGACCUGAAAUAAGAGACAUUAGCAAUGAUGUGUGAAGUGAUGCCCACGAUUAAUGAGGACACCCCAAUGAGCCAACGGGGGUCCCAAAGCAGUGCCUCCGACUCGGACUCCCAUUUUGAGCAACUGAUGGUCAAUAUGCUGGAUGAAAGGGAUCGUCUGCUAGAUACACUUCGAGAGACCCAAGAAAGCCUCUCACUUGCCCAACAAAGACUCCAGGACGUCAUCUAUGACAGAGAUUCCCUCCAGAGACAGCUGAAUUCAGCCCUACCUCAGGACAUCGAAUCCCUAACAGGAGGGCUGACUGGUUCUAAGGGGGCCGAUCCACCGGAAUUUGCUGCAUUGACUAAAGAACUGAAUGCUUGCCGGGAGCAACUUCUAGAGAAGGAAGAAGAGAUCUCAGAGCUUAAAGCUGAAAGAAACAACACAAGACUGCUACUGGAGCACUUGGAGUGUCUUGUGUCACGACAUGAAAGGUCACUAAGAAUGACCGUGGUGAAGCGGCAAGCUCAGUCUCCCUCAGGAGUGUCCAGUGAAGUAGAAGUUCUCAAGGCCCUGAAAUCUUUGUUUGAGCACCACAAGGCCUUGGAUGAAAAGGUAAGGGAGCGACUGAGGGUUUCUUUAGAAAGAGUCUCUGCACUGGAAGAGGAACUAGCUUCAGCUAAUCAGGAGAUUGUUGCCUUGCGUGAGCAAAAUGUUCAUAUUCAGAGAAAAAUGGCAUCAAGUGAGGGAUCCACAGAGUCAGAACAUCUUGAAGGGAUGGAACCUGGCCAGAAAGUUCAUGAAAAGCGUCUAUCCAACGGCUCCAUAGACUCAACAGAUGACACGAGCCAGAUAGUCGAGCUACAGGAAUUGCUUGAAAAGCAAAACUAUGAAAUGGCCCAAAUGAAAGAACGCUUAACAACUCUUUCUUCACGAGUGGGGGAGGUGGAGCAGGAAGCAGAGACAGCAAGAAAGGACCUCAUAAAAACGGAAGAAAUGAACACAAAAUAUCAAAGGGACAUCCGGGAGGCAAUGGCUCAGAAGGAAGAUAUGGAAGAAAGAAUCACUACCCUGGAGAAACGUUACCUCAGUGCUCAGAGAGAAUCUACCUCCAUUCAUGACAUGAAUGAUAAACUGGAAAAUGAGUUGGCAAACAAGGAAGCCAUCUUGCGGCAGAUGGAAGAAAAGAACAGACAAUUGCAAGAGCGUCUUGAACUGGCUGAGCAAAAGUUACAGCAGACCAUGAGAAAGGCAGAAACUCUGCCUGAAGUAGAGGCUGAACUGGCUCAGAGAAUCGCAGCCUUGACAAAGUCUGAUCCAACCUCUUCUACCUCAUCUGAUGAUUAUCAAUAUGUUAUGGAAGCUAAACUCCAAGAAAUGAUCUCCAUACGUAGGAAGGCUGAAGAAAGGCAUGGGAAUAUUGAAGAACGCAUGAGACACUUAGAGGGUCAACUGGAAGAGAAGAAUCAGGAACUUCAAAGAGCUAGGCAAAGGGAGAAAAUGAAUGAGGAGCAUAAUAAAAGAUUGUCUGACACCGUGGACAGGCUGCUGACGGAAUCCAAUGAGCGUCUGCAGCUGCACUUGAAGGAAAGAAUGGCUGCUCUGGAAGAGAAGAACGUUUUGAUUCAAGAAUCAGAAACCUUCAGAAAAAAUCUUGAAGAGUCUUUACAUGAUAAGGAAAGAUUAGCAGAAGAAAUUGAGAAGUUAAGAUCUGAACUUGACCAAAUGAAAAUGAGAACUAGCUCUCUAAUUGAACCCACUAUAUCGAGAACUCACCUAGACACCUCGACUGAGUUGCGAUAUUCAGUUGGCUCUCUCGUGGACAGCCAGUCUGAUUACAGAACCACUAAAGUUAUCCGGAGACCAAGGAGAGGCCGCAUGGGUGUGCGAAGAGAUGAGCCAAAGGUGAAAUCUCUUGGGGAUCAUGAAUGGAACAGAACUCAGCAAAUCGGAGUCCUAGGCAGCCACCCAUUUGAGAGUGACACUGAAAUAUCCGAUAUUGAUGAUGACGACAGAGAAACCAUUUUUAGCUCCAUGGAUCUUCUCUCUCCAAGUGGCCAUUCCGAUGCCCAGACUCUAGCUAUGAUGCUUCAAGAACAAUUGGAUGCAAUCAACAAAGAAAUAAGGCUAAUUCAAGAAGAGAAGGAAUCUACAGAACUGCGUGCCGAAGAAAUUGAGAACAGAGUGGCUAGCGUAAGCUUGGAAGGCCUGAAUUUGGCCAGGGUCCAUCCUGGUACCUCCAUCCCUGCCUCUGUAACAGCUUCAUCGUUGGCCAGCUCUUCUCCCCCUAGCGGACACUCCACGCCAAAGCUCACGCCAAGGAGCCCUGCUAGGGAAAUGGACCGCAUGGGAGUCAUGACUCUGCCAAGUGAUCUAAGGAAACAUCGGAGAAAGAUUGCCGUGGUGGAAGAGGAUGGACGGGAGGACAAGGCAACAAUCAAAUGUGAAACUUCUCCCCCACCAACACCCAGGGCCAUCAGAAUGACUCACACUCUCCCUUCUUCCUACCACAAUGACUCCCGGAGCAGUUUAUCAGCCUCUCUUGAGCCAGAAAGCCUUGGCCUUGGCAGUGCCAAUAGCAGCCAAGAUUCUCUUCACAAAGCCCCCAAGAAGAAAGGAAUCAAGUCUUCAAUAGGGCGCUUGUUUGGUAAAAAAGAAAAGGCUCGACUGGGGGAGCUUCGAGGCUUCAUGGAGACCGAAGCUGCUGCCCAGGAAUCCCUAGGCUUAGGCAAGCUUGGAACUCAAGCAGAAAAGGACAGAAGGCUGAAGAAAAACACAUCGGGGCAUGAACUCCUUGAAGAAGCUCGUAGAAAAGGAUUACCUUUUGCCCAGUGGGAUGGACCCACUGUGGUCGCUUGGCUGGAGCUCUGGUUGGGAAUGCCUGCUUGGUACGUGGCAGCCUGCAGAGCCAAUGUGAAAAGUGGAGCCAUCAUGUCGGCUCUGUCGGACACGGAAAUCCAAAGAGAGAUUGGCAUCAGCAACCCUCUGCAUCGCUUAAAGCUCAGACUAGCAAUCCAGGAGAUGGUGUCCCUCACAAGUCCUUCGGCUCCUCCUACAUCGCGCACUCCUUCAGGCAAUGUCUGGGUGACCCAUGAAGAAAUGGAAAAUCUGGCAGCUCCAGCAAAAACGAAAGAAUCUGAGGAAGGAAGCUGGGCCCAGUGUCCGGUCUUUCUACAGACCCUGGCUUAUGGAGAUAUGAACCACGAGUGGAUUGGAAACGAAUGGCUACCCAGCCUGGGGUUGCCUCAGUACAGAAGUUACUUUAUGGAAUGCUUGGUUGAUGCACGAAUGUUAGACCACCUCACCAAAAAAGAUCUUCGUGUCCAUUUAAAAAUGGUGGAUAGUUUCCAUCGAACAAGUUUACAAUACGGAAUUAUGUGCUUGAAAAGACUGAAUUAUGAUAGAAAAGAACUAGAGAGAAGACGAGACACAAGCCAACAUGAAAUAAAAGAUGUCUUAGUGUGGAGCAAUGACCGAGUGAUUCGCUGGAUACAAGCGAUUGGACUUCGAGAAUAUGCAAACAAUAUCCUUGAGAGCGGAGUGCAUGGCUCGCUUAUAGCCCUGGAUGAGAACUUUGACUACAGCAGCCUGGCUUUAUUGUUGCAGAUUCCAACACAGAACACCCAGGCAAGACAGAUUCUUGAACGAGAGUACAAUAACCUCUUGGCUCUGGGAACUGAGCGGCGACUGGAUGAAAAUGAUGACAAGAAUUUCAGACGUGGGUCGACCUGGCGAAGGCAGUUUCCUCCCCGUGAAGUCCACGGAAUCAGCAUGAUGCCUGGCUCCUCAGAGACAUUACCAGCUGGAUUCAGGUUAACCACAACAUCUGGGCAGUCAAGAAAAAUGACAACGGAUGUUGCUUCAUCAAGACUGCAGAGGCUAGACAACUCCACUGUUCGCACAUACUCAUGUUGACCAGCCACUCAAAGGAGGCAGCACUGACCUGCUACACCAUCUUUUCAGUCUACACGACCUAGAGUGUACUACUGCCUACAAAGAAAACCGGAGUAAGCCUUCAUGGAGACUGGAUUCUAAGAAAAUAAUAUAAGAAACGGCUCACCAAACGUUGAACAUGUGAUUUUGGGGGGAAUUGGAUUAUAAGUUCGAUUAGUUUACUAUGAUUGUAAUAAAACGCUUAAAUCAUCUGAAAUAUGAACACCACCCACGUCAUAAACUCUGUACAUCUGAUGCUUUUAUGAGAUGGAACUACUUGUUUUUUUCAUGUUGUAAUAUAAUAGGCAUUUAUGUAUUACUGUGUAACAUUUCUUUUUAAAUGUGUAAGUCUUCUGUAAAUGGAUAUAAAUAUGAUUUUUUAAAGAAAAAUAAAAUAUAUGGUUCAUGGAGUCUCGAGUGCAAACAUUGAACAAUUCCAGGUCCCGUUUGUACUUUGCCAUUCCACUGUUUUUACGGAUUCUGAAUUGUAAGUCAAUCAGUACGUUUCCUGGAAGCGUGUUUCAUGCUUCAACUUGCUUCUCCUUCCAGUCCGUCAAACCUUAGAGCUGAGCACCUGCCUCUGAUCAUGUAAAAUAAAUAAAUGAAUAAAAGUCAAAAGAGAGAGAGAGAGAAUGAUUUAACCUGAACGGGACCUUUAAAGGCAAUCAGGGAUCUGAUGUCCUCUCUCUGUAUAAAAAGCACUGUGAUGCCUCAAUCUCCUUUUCAACAGAAAACAAAGCCAAACUGUUUACAAGCAUCAAAUGCAAUGAUUUUAAAAAUUUAUAUCAAGAAAACCGUUGUCUAAUCUUGUUGCCUGUGGAUCAUGAAACACACACACACACACACACACACACACACACACACACACACACACACCUUUCUUAAGAACCACAUGUUCAUUUAAAUACCGUGAACUGCCAGGCAGCACUGGACAGUGAGUGUCAACCACUGUAGAGUAUGAGGCCCAUCUCCACUAGGAAAAAAAAUACAGACCCCCGGACCCCUUUAGCAAACUCUCUACCCCCAGUUUUUAUGAUCACUGUUAACAGGGCAUUAGCCAGAUUCAAGCCUAAGCCCUUAGCUGAAAUGACCUUUUUUGUGACUUCCCUGAAUUCAUUUUCAUCAGAGGAAAUAAAGACAGAAUGAUUGACAUAUAUAGUGUAUAAAAGUAGAGAAGAGUGACUAAUCUCUUCCUUGUGGCUUUAUUUGGUGGUGUCUGUCACUGUUGUUUAUUCCUUGUUUAUAUGGGAGAUUUCAAAGUGAAACCUAUUUAACAAUACCAUGGAUCUAACUGCUGUUUUCUUGCUGCUUGGUCUUAUUAUGCAAGACCUGUCAUUAGUAAAUUCUUUUUUUUUUUCUUUUUUUUUUUUUUUUGUACUUUAAUUUGUGAUAUUUGCACGUACCUUUGUUUGGAUGUCUAUUUUUGUUGAACAGAUUCAUUCAAAAGGUAAUGGUACAAGAAAAACCUCUCCAUUGUCAAUAAAAAAAAAAUGCUUCCAGUUUUCUGCUUAAGCUUUGUUUUCUAGUAGCGUAAUAUUUAGCGAUCUGCACGAAUUACAAAGAAAAUCAUUCAGUGAUUUCCAAGGCUGUUUCAUUCAAAAUCGAGGCUGCCACUAGAGGGAGGUCUAAACUAGCUUAUGGAAAGUGUUUUGAAUUUAAAAAAAAUUUUUUUUGCUUGAGUAAUACCAAUGUGAAAGGACUUGCUAAAAGCAGCUGAUGAUGAGAGCAAAGUCAUCUAAAUGACAUACGAGAGAAACCGUGGUGCUCAUAUGCUAGAAAGAUUGGUAUUGAUAUUUAUAGGCCAGUACGGCAACCAGGUUUGCAAAGCUGUAGGGAAAUACUGCCGAUAACUAAUUUAUAAAGAAGAAAAGGGUAUUUCCGCUGAUAUUUUUUGGAUGAUCCAGCUCAAGAACCAGCAAGUCCGCAUGCUUUGGGCAAUCAAGCGGGGCGGAGUGCCUUGGCAGGAAGCAUGCACUAGAGAAACCUGCUUGCCUCCUGGCCACAGAAAAUAGAAAAAGAUGAUGGGGUUGGGGAGAGGCACACACCAGUGACCUAAGUGUUUCCCAUCAUCAUCACCCUUACCAGGCACUCAGUGCACAAGUUUUGGGGGACAUUCCAUAUUCAGCUAUAACAACCACUCAGUCAUCAAAAUCAGUUUCUUCUUUUUGGAAAUUACAUUAAAAAAUUACUGGUGAUAUGUACUGGGUCCUACAGGGUAAUACAAAGUAUCCAACUACUCGCCUUGAGAAAAUGUAAGAUACACUUUAAUGUACAAGAAUACUGUAGUCAGAUUUGAAAAUCAGUUUCAUGGAUUGAGCUUGUAUUUCAGGGUGGGUUUUUGUUGUUGUUUUGUUUGUUUUUUGUUUUCCUUUUGACCACCAACAUUUGGAUCAAGCCCUUUCAAAUACAAUUUUAUAUCAAUAAACCUUCCUUUUGACGUGUAAAACAG